AUGUCGCAGGACCCUCUGCGUGCAGGUCCAUUGUCCGAAGACUCACAGGAUGCUCGCAGUGGGACUGAAGACUAUGGACCUGGCAGUCGUCAUUCUUCACGUCGUCCGCCUUUGCGCGCUCGUCCACAGUCCUGGCACCCAUAUGGGCCAGUUGAGCCACCACUCGACUCAGCCCGGUCCAUUGGUGUUCACUCCAUCUUGAACCAUCCAGCGCAGGCAACUGAUAUGAAGGGAGUUCGUGAGCCAUUGAACUUACCGGCACCUUCGUCACCGCGACCACGCCAAGGGUCUUCGCCUGUUCCUCGAAAUCUGCAUGGGCUGCAGCCAUUGUCCCCCAGAUCUCAUUCGCGGCCAUUAAUGAAUCCUACUUCGCCAUCUGCACGAUUCGUCAGCGGUAGUGGUAGAGCAUCCGGACAAUCCAGUGUCUCGCACUCGCCAUUGGUGACACAUGAACCACCUCUGAAUGCUCGCCACCCGCCUUCCAGCUCACCUCUACCACUUGAAUCAGCCCUUCGACCCAUCAGCUCGCUCCCAGUUACCCAAUCCGCAACUUCAGCAGCACUUCACUCAACCACGAGCAUCCAUUCUCGAAGAACUAGCUCUGGGCCUGGUUUCCUGAGCACGCCAAACUCCCAAGAAACAAGCCCUGUUCCACCACAGUCUACAUUUGGUCCUUAUGGCAUUUCACCGGCCCUUUCAAAUGCAUCAAUGCCCCCCAGUGUACAGCCCUAUUCAGCACCAGCGCCUUACACGGCCACAGCAACAGCGGGACCGCUUGUGAAAGAAGAACCAACGACUCAAAGCACAAGCCUCUCUUCGUCAUUAAUCCCGUGUCUGUUAGAUCUAAAGUCGGGCUCGUCCAGCCAAGCAGAGAAGCGGAAAGCAAACAGCGAUGCUUCACGACGUUUCCGAAAUCGCAAGCGCAACGAGAUGCAGCUCGAGCAACGCCUAACUUCACAACAAGACGAGAUCCAGCGACACACAGACGCCCUCCGUCGUCAAGCUGACGAGAUUCGCGCUUUGGUUCAACAACGAGAUCACUACCGCUCUGAACGGGACUUUUUCCGUGACUACGCCGGCCGCUCAAUGUCUCUCAACGCUUUGCCUCCACGUCCCUCCUCACCAGGCCUACACAUUGACGCCGGGGCCUGGUCUGCAGAUGCAUCUCGCCCUGCCCCCCACAGUACCCGUACAGCCGGCGCAGGCGCCAAGGAUGCUUGA